AUGAGCCCGCGUCUAAAGGCACGGGGUUGGAUCAACGGCACUCCUCAAUGGAGCUCUCCAACACAUCUCGCACUGCGCUCAGCCAAUCCAUCUUUCUCGCCGGCAUGGACAAAAGCGAGCAAAACCUUGUCUGCAUCCUGUUUCUAUGCACAGCACUCGGGCGCCGUUGUGACUGGUGAUGACCUCGACAAAUCGAUCUCUACAACACUAAAAAUCAAGGCCAACAAGAAACAACUACACAAGCUGAGGCAUGUCAUAUCGCAUCCAGUACAACCACCUUACCUUCGGGAAGUCAUCUUUGACUGCAGCGCCAUUAAGACCCUGCAGGAUGUCGAUAACUUGAAGCAUUGCCGUCCCUUACUUGUUGAGAUUCUCGAAUUGCUAUAUGACCAAACCGAGGACGCCGUCCACCCAAUCAGAGAUGCCUUGAUAAUCCUUCUGGAAGCGUUCCUAUGCGCGCUGGACACCAAGCAACAAGUGUAG